ACACAGUCCGGCGCAUCCUCCUCCUCCUCCUCCUCCUCCACACAACACUUUCUACAGUAUCAUCUUCUCUCCUUCCAGUGUUCCCCCGCACCCGCCCCUCCACCCCAAGGGUCCGUCACUUCUCCAACGUCAUCUGCGACCUUUGGAUGCCGAGGAACCCAGCCGAGUUAGCCCCUUCCACCUAUCGGCAAUGGCAAGGGAUCUUUGACGGACUGCUUCGGAACCUCUAGGACAACUUACAAGCAAGCACCAACGCGAAUAAGAUCACGCGCCCUAAGUUUCGACGGCUGGAAAGACCACGACGCGCUCUACGAUUGAUACCCUCGCCUUAAGAUACCCCCCAAACGACACCAUCUUUGUUAUUGUUAACCUCGGCGCACUCUUCUACCCCAACCCCUAAACGAUAAUGGCAAAGAACGACGAUUCGGCGCCGGAUCUGAAGAUCCUCGGCGAUCAAAUCACCCUCCAGCCUAGCGGCUACGUCAAGCCAUCCCAACCACGCCAUGACGAGAAGGAGGAGGCUCUGAUGAAGCACAUGGCCCGCUUCCGCUCCGAACCCCUACAGUUCCUCCGCGAAGUCUCGCUGUACGUCUCCGGCACCGGCUGGCGCGCUUACGACAAUGCAAUCGGCCAACCCAUCUUCUACCCCGGCUUCAGUGAUAAGAUGAAGGAAGCUGUCCUGUCGGCUAAGUUGCUGCAGGAGCGCAUCGCAGAUCUGGCCGAGAAGCGUGUUGCCGUAGAAGAGAAGGAAGGGCUGUUGAACAAGCAAGACAAGGACUUCGACUUGAAGCGCGCGCGCAGACGAGCAGUCAUUGAGUCUGGCAUUCAAGAGGUGGCUGAGAAGAUGACGGACGACAUGAUUUGCAAGUUCGAAAGCAAGACAUUCAUCCGGAGCGCAUACUACCUCGUCACUCAGCUGACCCUGCGCGCUUACAACCAAGGCAUACACGUAUCCAGCGAGGAGGUUCUGAGGCUGCGUAAGGUCGCAGAGGAGGCCGAGAAGAAGAAGCAAAGCAUCAUAUUCCUGCCCUGCCAUCGAUCACACGUCGACUACGUCUCGCUACAGCUCAUCUGCUACCGUCUGGGCCUGGGCUUGCCUGUCGUCGUGGCGGGGGACAACCUCAACUUUCCCCUCGUGGGGAGCUUCCUUCAGCAUGCCGGCGCCAUGUGGAUUCGGAGAGCCUUUGGCGACGACAUUCUGUACACGACCCUGGUGCAGACCUAUAUCGACACUCUGCUGCAGGGCGGCUUCAACUUCGAGUGCUUCAUCGAGGGCGGUCGGUCAAGGACGGGGAAGCUGUUGCCGCCAAAGUUCGGCAUUCUCAGCUUCAUUUUGGACAGCAUCUUGUCUGGCCGAGUUGAGGACGCCAUCAUCUGCCCUGUGAGCACACAAUAUGACAAGGUCAUCGAGACGGAAGGCUACGUGACGGAGCUGUUAGGCGUGCCUAAAAAGAAGGAGAACUUGGCUGAUUUUCUAUCGGGCGGCUCCUCGGUGUUGUCCUUGAGGCUCGGUCGAGUCGACGUCAGGUUCCAUGAGCCCUGGAGCUUGCGCGGUUUCGUCAACGAGCAGCUCACGAGGCUGUCCAGGUUACCGACCGGUCUCAGCAUGGACACGCGGAACCCCGAGAACACGGCCAUCCGCCACAAGCUCCUUCGCAUUCUGGGCUACAAGGUCCUGUCCGACAUCAACGACGUCUCCGUGGUCAUGCCCACAGCCUUGAUCGGCACCGUUCUGCUCACCUUGCGAGGCAGAGGCGUCGGAAAGACCGAGCUUGAGCGUCGCGUGCUGUGGCUAACCGAUCGCGUGCGUGCAAAGGGUGGCAGAGUCGCCCAUUUUGGUAACGCACCACUGUCCGAUAUCAUCGAGCGUGGUCUCGACGUCUUGGGUAAAGACUUGGUGGGCGUCGUAAAAGACCUGCCAGAACCCACCUACUACGCCGUCGACCGCUUCCAGCUUUCCUUCUACCGCAACAUGACUAUUCAUCUGUUCAUCUCGGAGGCUAUCGUGAGCGCUGCCAUGUACAUGAAGGUCAAGCAGGGCGGCGGCCCAGCCAUGCAAGAUAUCUCGUUCCAAGAACUGCAGGAUCAGAUCCAGUUCUUGUCGUCUCUGUUCCGCGGAGAAUUCAUCUUCCCCAGCGAGGGUCUUGCCGCUAACCUGGAAAAGACGCUGCGAGACUUGGAGGCAGACAAGGUCUUGAAGCUUCACCGGGACGCCCAAGGCAAGGUUGUCGUGGUUGGUCUUUCGGAUCACGAGAGGGUUGUCGGACGAGAGAACUACGACUUUUACUGCUUCCUCAUUUGGCCCUUUAUCGAGGCUAGUUGGCUCGCUGCAGUCUCCCUGAUGGGCCUGACGCCACCUCUUGGCCAGAAGGACGACAUCUGGAUCGAGGUGGCAAAGGCCCAAGGUAGCGCGCAACUGCUCGGCAAGACACUCUACCAUCAAGGCGACCUCAGCUACUUUGAGGCGGUAAACAAGGAGACGCUGAAAAACGCCUUUCAACGGUUCGAGGAAGAAGGCAUUCUGCAGGUUGUCAAGUCCAAGGACCCCAAGAUCCCUCCGCGCCUGCGGCUCGAUCCCGAGUGGCGCCCUUCUCGCGAUCCCGAAACCGGCAGUCUGAACGCGUCUGGUCGGCUCUGGGACUUCACCGAGAAAAUCGCCUCGAGCCGACGAGAAGGCAAGAACCGUCGUGACGGGGCCACCGUCAGCACCCGUGUGCUGCGCUUGACGGACCUGCUGGGAAGCAAGCUGUUCGAUGCCGCCAGGAACAUUGACGGUAAGGGGGUCUCGCCGACGCUGAGCAUCGAGGACGCGCGACAGCUCAAGCGGAGCAUCAAGGAGCAGAGAAAGCGCCGGUCGUUGGAGAACCGCGCGCACUUGUAAAUGAUGUACUAUUGUAAACGCCCUAGAGCGUGGUAUGAUAUUAUGAAGUAUAUUUUUUCUUAGGUCGAGCAUGGCAUUCCCGGGUGGUGUUCGAGAGUCUAAUGUAGCACCAAGCAAUUUUAUCAAAAAGUUCAAGCAGUGGUUGUGCCCCAAAUCUCUAAUCCAUGCCCGUGGUUUUGAGCAGCUUUUUAUCUUUUUUAUUUACUGUGUGUUUGGUCGGGCUUGAGAAUGAUGUUGUCGAUAAGUCGCACUGCCGGUCCGUUGCUGUGGCCAAGGUCCUCGCCCGGCUGCGGCUCCUCCACCGGCAGCAUCUUGACCGCGCCGCUGAGGAUCCCGCCCUUUGUCGGCACGACCGUGUUGAUCUCCUGCAUGGAGUCCGGGUCCGCCAGCGAGAUGUAGUCUACCUCGAACAUGACCCUGUCCUUGGGCGCCAGCUUCGACUGCUCCGACAAUACGGCGACGGCGACCUGGUUCGCGGCGCCAAGGAUCGCCUCGCGGUCGAGCGCGCCCUGCCGGUAUUUUUCCUCGGCCGCCCUGAGAGCGCGGCUCAGCACCGUCGCGACCUUGCGCCUCCGCUCGCCGAGGUACACGUUGCGCGAGCUUAACGCGAGGCCGUCCGCCUCGCGCAUCGUGUCCCCGACGACGACCUCCAUCGGCAGCAUGAAGUCCUCGACCAUGCGGCGGAUGAUGACGGUCUGCUGGACGUCCUUCUGGCCGAAGUAGACGCGUUCGGGCUGGACGAUGUUGAACAGCUUCAUGCACACCGUUGCGACGCCGCGGAAGAAGGUCGGCCGGCUGGCGCCCUCGAGGACCUCGCCGACAGGAGUGAUGGUCACGAAGCUGCCCUUGCUGCCGACCUCCUGGCCGGGGAAGCCCGAGGGGUACAUCUCGGCCGUGGUGGGCGCGAAGACGGCGCUGACGCGGCCGAGGUUGGCGCCGUCGUCCGCCAGCUCGCGGUCGAGGUCGCGCAGGACGUCGGCGUCGCGAGCCCAGGUGACGGGGUACGAGGCCAGAUCCUCGGAGGCGCCGAACUGGGCCGGGUUGACGUAGAGGGAGACGACGACGUGGUGGUUCUCGCGGGCGGCGGCGCGGAUAAGCGAGAGGUGGCCCUCGUGCAGGGCGCCCAUCGUCGGGACGAGGCCGACGGAGCGGUAGUUCACGACGUGCGGACGACGCCAGGUGCGGAGGGCCGAGACGGAGCGGAAGACGCGGAUGGGGCUCGAGGGGAGGGUUUCGGGGCCGGCGGAGGAGGAGGAGGAGCAUGCUGUUCGGAGCUGCUGUUGUUGAUGAGCGCGUGCGGCGGCGGCGGCGGCGGCGGCGGCGG